AUGGGAGACCGCAGAUACUACCAACAUCAUUACCUUCAAAGGGAGAGAGAACAAGCAAGAUAUGAUCUACCAACAUUUCACCGUCUUUCGCCCAUUACACCUCCCCCAGGUCUUUUCACCGAGAUGGAAAAAGCAGCAGAAGGUACCAAAACAGCGCGUGAGAAAUAUUUUCACUGUAUCAAUAAAGCAGAGGAAGACCUUAUGAAGUAUUUGAAAUCCAGAUGUGUACUUCCGGUACCAAUGGGUCGUCUCGGAAGCUUUUGGGAAGUAGCAGAGAGGAGCAAGAAAGAGGCUAGAAAGGCAAGAGAAGAUUAUUAUAGAUUGUACAAAGAUGGGGAGAAGAUGAGAGAGAAGCUGCAGAAAGAUAUGCUUGGAUUUUUGGUGAAGGAGUUGAAUUCUUUGAGUGCGGUUGUUGAGAGAUUGCAGGACGAGAGUAUGGUGAGGAGAAUUAGGGAGGAAUAUACAGGGGAACACGUAGGUCUGGUACGCAGAUAA